AGGAGGAGGAGGAGGAGGGAGGUGUCAUGGCGGCCGCGGAGAUGGCCGCGCAGCAGCUGGACGCCAAGCCGCCCCUCGAGGCUGAGGGCCUCCAUUUUCUGCAGCACACGGUGGGCUCCGUGCUUUCUGCCUAUGGCUGGUACAUUCUUUUUGGGUGUGUGGUCCUCUACCUGAUCUUUCAAAAGCUUUCCGGAAGUUUGCGAGUUAUGAGGCAAAGAUACUCAGACACAACGGGUGCUGCAAUAGAUCCCGAGGUUGUGGUUAAACGACAGGAAGCUUUAGCAGCAUCCCGCCUAAGAAUGCAAGAGGAAUUGAAUGCCCAAGCUGAAAAAUACAGAGAAAAGCAAAAGCAGCUUGAAGAAGCGAAGAGGAGACAAAAGAUAGAGAUAUGGGAAAGCAUGCAGGAAGGAAAAAGCUACAAAGGAAAUUCAAGACUUCGACCUAAGCAAGAAACCGACCCAGGUCCCUCUACUUCCUCAGUUAUUCCAAAGCCAAAACCUGCCAGAAAGCCUCUGCGUGGAGGUAGCUAUAACCCUUUAUCUGGUGAAGGCGGAGGAACGUGUUCCUGGCGGCCAGGACGAAGAGGCCCGUCAUCAGGUGGAUGAGGUUAAGAAUCUUGCUGGUGUCCAUCACGUCACUAGCAAGAUGAAUGCGACAGACUAUUCGACUGCCUAUAGCUUGCAUGUCACAGUGACUCCUUCAAAGGGGGACAUUUAGUUCAGUUAUUUAACUCCAGGUGUUCAUUCAUUUUAAGGCUUAAAGCAAUGAAAGGGGUUGGCAGUGCUGAUGAGAUUAAGUCUUUAAAUUGAUUUUGAUUCUGUAGGACCACUCAAAGUAAUUUCAAAACCAUACAGUGGGUGGCUAGCCAGCUAAAAUAUGGCUUCCUCCUUCGAUGGUAAUUAGCGGGCUUCAGCCUUGGAAAGGGGGCCCACUCGAUAUUGAAUUUUUAACACUGAAAGUCCACAAUAGUCAAUAAGUCUCUGUGACAGGCAGCAUUGAAUGAUGUCUUCCUUGUAAAUGGUGAAACCCACCAGUGAGGAGUACUGAUAUAGACAGGAGAUGGUUUUUUUUUUUUCUUGUAUAUUCAUUUUUUCUGUAAAAGCUUUGUAAAGCAAUCGUGUAAAUAUUAAAUGCCACUGCAAACAGU